UUACUUAUGCCUCAACGCGCGCAUUGUGUUCGUGAUGCGCGCGCAUCAAUUGCGCAUCGCGCAUCGAGGCACAAGAGCUCCUUUGUGCAUCGGUGUGCAUCGCGCCUUAAAUAACUAUGUUAUGGACUAAUAAGUAAAUUUUUCUUAUUAUGACAUGUGAUUACUAAAUGGUUCUCUUUGAUUUUCGGAAGAUGCUCUGUAGGCAAUCAUCCAAUUCAGGAAGGAGCUAUGCUUGACAAGAUAGCAUGUUGUGAGCCAUUUACAGGCAAAACGUUGUUAUUCCACAAUCUGCAUCAAUAGCCAGCCAAACCAAGAAAGCAGUCAUCGCACAAUCGCCAAGUUUCCUUCCUUAAAGGGAUUUCAAUCGAAGGCAGAAAUAGCACAACUCGGAAUUUCAAAUUUUGAGAUCGGAAUAGGAUUAGAAGGCUGAUGGUAAUGAGUAAGCAUCUAAUCAGUAUUACCAUGGAAUUGGCAGUAAGGAAGCAUAUUUUGGCACUUUUUGGUUCAUUUGUUACAGGUAAUUGCCAUUCGAGUCUGGAGAGGAAAAUUGGAUCUCAAUUAGUUCGGACAUGGUGCAAUCGGUUGAUUUUCUAUGAAUUUCAGAGUAAUGGUGGUGGCCUUGCGUCUGGGAAGCAGUCGACUCUUGAUAUGUUUAUGGGAUUUUUGCCUAAGGCUAAGAAUGCCGAGACCGAACCCCACAAUCCAAACGACGUUGGAUUCAGAAAAGAGGAGUUUGGUAAUGAGGGGGAUGACAGGGUUUGCUUCCUUCCACUUGAUUUGGAGGCAGCCAAAACUUGUAUUUAUCCAGUUGUGAAAAUCGCGCUUGAGGCGCACCUGAGGCGCGCAUCAUGCAAGGCGCAGGGCAUUCUUCACGGUGAUGUGGGCGAUGUAAUUGCCAUUCGAGUCUGGAGAGGAAAAUUGGAUCUCAAUUAGUUCGGACAUGGUGCAAUCGGUUGAUUUUCUAAGAAUUUCAGAGUAAUUUUGUUCAUUUUCUUUAACCUCUUUUACACUUUGCCUCGGUAAAGUGUUGGAUUUGGUAGGAGUGUUUAUUAUAUUAAUAGUGAUAUUUAGAGUCUAGGCAUGGCGCCCAUCAUCAGGGGUUCAAUUAGCAAAAAAAAGAGGAUUUGUAUUCCAGUCCAAAAUCUAACGUGUAAGGCAGGUAGUUGCUAUAUGAUCAAGGUUCCGGCUCUUGCAGCUGUGGGAUGCUUCUAACAUGCUGUUGAUUGACGAGGUAGUAUGUUUUAUUUGGGAUACUGCUUUGAUGACCGACCAGCUCUCCGCAGAGGUGAAGUCUUGGACACCACCCCGUCGCACCUGAACCUCCUCGCACUUAGGCUUCUCAAAUGUGUUUCAUGUAUGGUGGUGAUUCAUACUUCUUGAAUCUUAUUAAAACUCCAGGUCAUGU